GUCUCGUCCUCGUCGAGAUCAAGCAGCUGCUGGAACGUGUCCAUGUUGAUCAUGGACUACGCACGACGUCAGGAUGUGUGGGAAGGGUCAUUGCUGGCGGCGACGCACCUCGGGGGACUCUGGCUCGGGUGUCUCUGCUUGCUUGGUGGCGGGCUCCGGCUUCGUCUCUGGCUUCGCCACUGGCGCCUCUGGCUUCGUGUCCGCCACGGGCGACCGCGUCGGCGUCCUAAGCGCAUCUUUGUGGUCGCGCGGCGGCUCGGGCCUCUUGUGUGUCGUGUCUGGCUUGGAUAGGAUGGUCGUCGUCGCUACGGCGGCUGCCAUGAUGUGCUCGCUGUCGUGUGCGAUGAGGAAGAUCCGUGCUGGGUGGGAGCAAGAAAGCAACGCUGAUUAUCAACUCGGCAAACGAGCAAGUGCAUGGUCGAUGUCCGGUCCGAGCCGCCGACGCGCGUGUUCUGAUCACAUUAUCUCCUUACGUCACCGCGCGCUUAAGCGUCGCGCCCUUCUCACGUUCAGAAGGCCUAUUGUGGUUCGACUGCCCGGCCUUGUGCCCCAAAAGAGCGCGCCCUGAGCUGCCCUUGGAGGACCUCAGGCCCAGCAAAGAGACCUCUAGCUUACCGACACGACGAAUGCGCCGUCGGCCCGCUCUCGAUCUCUCAUCCGACUCCACCGUCGGCCCAAGGCGGCACGACCUACGCGUGUGUCUUGAGACGCGAGCGAAGUAGAGGGUUGACCCUCUUCCGUGGACGCUGCAUUGUUCGGAGGAUCCAAUUCGUCGUGCACGCAGCCCGCAGCCAGGACGCCAGU